AUGGAGCCGUUUGAACAUUAUAACACAAAUAUUAUCAUUCCUUUUCAAUAUCGAAUAACAUUACUUCAUCUAUCAAAUCCAUUGAUUAUCGAACAUCUCUUUUCACCAAUUUCUAUUCUAUUAAAAUUUAUUCGACUUGAAAAUCUUCAUCUUCGUAAUAUUGAAUCAAAAUGUUUUGAAGAAAUUCUUAUUCAUUUAAUUUCUUUACCUUGUCUUUAUUCAUUAAUUGUUAGUUGUACAGAUAAUGUUCAAAAUAAAAAUGUUUUUUAUCAUCAAAUAUUUCGUUUAACCGUCCUGAAAUAUUGCAAAUUAACAUUGGCAGCAAAUACUCAAUCUAAUUCAUUAUCUAUGGCAACUACGGAACAUAGUCCUAUUGAAUAUUUUAUUAUUAAUCAACUUUAUGUCGAUGAACUUUAUGCAUUUUUAUCAUAUAUUCCUCAAAUUCGUCGUUUAUCAAUUCGAAAUUUAUAUAAAUCUCCUAAAAAAACAAUAAGAGAAUUCUAUCCAAUUGAUGAUCGAGCAUAUAUUGAUGCCAAUCAAUGGCAAGAAUUAAUUCUAUUUCAUUUACCAAAUCUACGAAUCUUUGAUAUUCAACAUAAAUAUUCUUUUAACAAAAGCAAUUAUUUACUUUAUGAUAGUCUACCUGAUAAAUUCAAUUCUUUAUUUUGGUUCAAACGAAAAUGGUUUUUUGAACAUCAUAUCUAUCAUAGUCAGAAUGAUGAUCAUGUUAUUUUCUUUUCAACGAAUCCAUAUAGACGAAAACAACAUAUAUUAUGUGAAGAAACCAACGAAAACAUAAAUCGAAAUAGUAAAAAAAGUCAUAUACAUUCAGUUAAUCAUCUUCUAAUUCAAACUAAAAAAGCGGUGAUAAAUUGUCAAAAUUAUUUUCCAAAUGUAACUGAAAUUACUUUAUUCCACAACUUUAUUCAUGAAAGUAAAAAUUCUUUGUCAAAUCAAUUCAAGAAAAUCUUUCCAUUGAAACAACUGACUAAACUAGUUAUUCAUUCAAAUCUUUGUUGUUUUUCAAAAAUGAUUGAAUUAUUACGUUAUAUACCUUAUAUUCAUACAUUAAACAUUGAACUAUUGUCAUUUGAUGAUCCACAAAGAUCGUAUCAUCUUACAAAUUCAUAUGUACUUCAACAAAAUGAAACUUUUAGAUUGGUUUCGAGAACAAAUAAUAUUCAAAAUCUGACUAUUAUAUCAUCCUAUGAAAUGGAAUUAGUACAAUUUUUUGUAAAUUUAAGCCCACGACUGGAACAUCUUACAAUCAAUAGAUUUGGAUGGUGGCGUCUUGGAAAAUUUUUACAAUUUUUAUUAUCAAAAACUAAUAAGAACACUCGUCAUUUAGUUUCAUUAUGCAUUGAAAAUGUAUCUGAGAAUGAUAUCGACGUAAUAAGAAGUUUUAUUGAAGCACAGAAAGACAUUUUCGUUAAAUAA